AUGCCGCCUACCUACCCAGAAUUCGGACCUCCUAAGUACGAACUGUCAGCUCCUUGGCUGGGUAGGAAAGCGAAGGCAAAGCUCCUUCAUGAAUUAGAUACGAUCAGUAUUGAAAACGUCGGUGAGGUAAGUAUUUAUUUGCUAAUCGAACACAUAAGGGGGUUCGUUAGCAACUUACCGCCCUCUGGUGGUAGCCGGAGUAAGAUAACUAAAAAGACCCCAUGUUUGGAGAAGUUGAAUUGUCCCGAGAUUACUCACGGGGAUGUUAUAGUGGACAGGAAGAGCGUCUUCCAAGGGCAUGCAGCUGAAGUGCACAGCCUUGAUGAUGUCAAAUCUGUUCUGGCCAAGCUGAAGGAAAAUAAGAAGAUAUCGAGCGCCAAGCAUAAUAUGUACGCGUAUCGUAUAAAACAGUCGACCGCUAAAGGCACCGUCGUCGUCCUUCAGGAUUUUGAUGAAGACGGCGAGGCUCACGCGGGAAGCCGUUUGAUGGAUUUAAUGAAAGUCAUGGACUUGGACAAUACGCUAGUGAUAGUCACCAGAUGGUGAGUACAUUUUAUUUUAUACAAAAUAACGUACAAUGAUCUUUUAUAUAUAAAAUAAAAUAUAUUUUCGUUUAUCUUCCUAAAACUACAGAACGGAUGGGCCGAUUUAGCUGAUUUUGAUUUUGUAAUGUUUGUCGUAGUUCAGAGAAGGUUUACCCUGAAAAAUAAAUACAAGUUACAAUCUCUUUAUAUGAAAGUAUUCAGAAUGUCGAAAAUGUUUUCAAGACUUUUAGUUUGUAUUUUGAAUAACUCACACAAACGGUUUCUAUAG